AUUUCGCGCCCGCGCAUGGGGUCACGGCUGAGCGCCAUCCAAAGAGCAAGCAGCGGCAUCCGUCGGAGCUUUGCUUGGGUGUUUCGAAGACAACAAAGACGAAGGCUGGAACUGUCGCCGCCGAGCUGGUGCAGCGUUCCUUCACGAUCCGACCAAAGCGUCAUCGACUCGAUCUGCCGCCGCUCUGAUCAGCAGCCAGCAAUGUACGAGAGCUCGACGGUCCGCCUGACAGAGCCCAAGCCACAAGUGCCCACCCGCAGGGCAAUGUGGGCUGCAGAGCCUGUGAUCCCCGACAGAGCUGUCUACACGUUUGGAACACUGACACUGCUCAUUCUGGCUGGAGCCCUGGUGAUCUUGGGCUAUGCUGCCUAUGUCAAGCUCUCCUAAGCACUUUUGCAAGCGACAGCCUGCCUUUUUCCCAUAAAAUGUACCAGCCUCUUCAAAUGGGACACUAAUAAAGACAUCACUGCAAGGCUGUA